CGGCGGGGCGAGCAGGGGGGGGCCCUGGGAACCGGGGAGCGCCGGCGCGGCCGCGUAAUCCGUCACUCCCGGGAGAUGGUGGCUCAUUAACCCAUUACCCGGGAGGUGGGGACGUGCCGGGAGGGAGCCGGGGAAGGAGAGCCGGGGGUGGGAGAGGCACAGCGGGCAGGGGAGGAGCCGUGCGGGGCCGGAGCGGCGGAGCCCGGGCAGGGACAGAGCGCUGCCCCGAGCGCGGCGGGCAAGGAGGCUGCGGCCACCGGGGCCACGCGUGGGGCAACCUCGCCGAGCCCGCCGGCCUCUCCCCUCGCCAGGAUGAAGCGGCUUUGCGAGGAGAGCUCGUCCGACACCGAGUCUGACGGCACCAUCGACGUGGGCCGGGAGGAGGAGUACAGCCAUGUUUCCAGGUCUGUCUCUCCCACCACGACAUCUCAGAUACAAGCCAGGAAGAAGAGGAGAGGGAUCAUCGAGAAGCGGCGCCGGGACCGCAUCAACAGCAGCCUCUCGGAGCUGCGGCGCCUGGUGCCCACGGCCUUCGAGAAGCAGGGCUCUUCCAAGCUGGAGAAGGCAGAAAUUCUACAAAUGACAGUGGAUCACUUAAAAAUGCUUCACGCCACAGGAGGAGCAGGCUUCCUGGACGCCCGGGCUCUGGCUGUGGAUUACAGAAGCAUCGGCUUCCGCGAGUGCCUCACCGAAGUUGUCAGGUACCUGGGCAUCCUCGAGGGCCAAAACGCUGCCGACCCCAUCCGGCUGCGACUCCUCUCCCACCUGAAUAAUUACGUGGCGGAAAUGGAGCCUUCGCCCGUGGCCACCUCCCUGCUGCCCAUCCAGACCUGGCCCUGGUCCUUCCUGCACGGCCCUGUGCAGGUCCCCAGGAGGGAGGCUGCUCCCGCUCCGGUUGUUUUGACUGCAUCUUCCCUGGCUUACCCCAGCCCCACAGUGAGGCCGGCCCCUGUCCGCCGUGUCCCCGGCGAGAUGCUGCCAUCCCGCCGGAGCCUCCUGGCCAGCAGGAUGGGCUCGUCCAGCCGCAGGGCCCGCGGCGCCAGCUCGGCCGCAGCCGUGCCGGCCGUGCCCAGGAUGCCGUCACCAGGAGCACCGAGAGAAGGCUCAUCCAAGAGCAGCCAAAUCGCCACAUUCCUCUUCUCCCCAGCCUCUGCCGGCAUCCCUGUGCCGCCAGCUUACGCGGCGCCUCCCGUCUUGGGCGCUGCCGCGCAGGGACCAGGGAUCAGGGUUGGGACAUCCAGGAUCUGCCGCUCCUGGGCGACGGAAAUCGGGGCUUUCUGACCCUCCCUUCCCCUCCGGGAGACAGGAGUUCCCCAGCGCUCAUCGCCCGCAGGGCUGAGAACAAACUCGGUUGAAAAGGCAUCUUUCCUGCUUUGCAGAAGCCAAGGAUCCGUAGAGAAAAUUCUCUCUGCUCUUCCCUCCCCCCUUGCACCGCCCUCGUCGCCUCGCCAUCACACGUCCUCUCCCUCGUGAUGCCUGCAAACGUAAAUCACAUCCAGUUCCAUGCACUAGUCUGCACGA